AUGCUGAAAUUCUGAGAGGCUGCUAAGUGUGUGAGUGGAUCAAUAGCUGUUUCCACGUGUCCAAAGCCCUUGAUCGCAAGAAGAUACACGCUUCAACAGAAACUUGGCAGUGGAACUUUUGGAACCGUCUAUCUGGUGUCAGACAAGAAAGCCAAACAAGGAGAGGAAUUAAAGGUCCUGAAGGAAAUCUCUACUGGAGAACUCAAUCCAAAUGAGACUCUGCAGGCCACUUUGGAGGCCCAGCUCCUUUCCAAGCUGGACCAUCUAGCCAUCGUCAAGUUCCAUGCGAGCUUUGUGGAGCAAGAUGAUUUCUGCAUUUUCACAGAGUACUUUGAGGGAAGGUUGGACUUGUCUGACCAGGACCAGGAUCACAGGGGUAUAGGGAAAACCUUUCCUCCUAAUAGACUACACUCCUGGUAUAUUGAUCUUUGUGGCAUUGAUUAUUUCCAUAUUCAAAGGUACUUCCAUCGAGACUUGAAAUCAAAUAAUAUAUUUCUGAAAAAUAAUCUACUUAAAAUUGGGGAUUUUGGAGUUUCUCGACUCUUAAUGGGAUCCUGUGAUCUAGCCACCACUUUUACUGGAACUCCCCAUUAUAUGAGCCCAGAGGCUCUGAAACACAAAGGCUAUGACACAAAGUCGGAUAUCUGGUCUCUGGCAUGCAUUUUGUAUGAGAUGUGCUGUAUGAAUCAUGCAUUCACUGGCUCCAAUUUCUUAUCCAUCGUUCUAAAAAUUGUUGAAGGCGACACUCCUUCUCUCCCUGAGAGAUACCCAAGACAGCUUAAUGCCAUCAUGGAAAGCAUGUUGAAUAAGAGUCCUUCAUUGAGACCAUUUACUGUAGAAAUUUAAAAAAUUCCUUACAUUGCUGAACAACCACAGCACCUGAUGUGCCAAUAUUCGGAAAUGACCCUGGAAGACAAGAAUUUGAAUCGUCAGAAGGAGGAAGCUUAUAUAAUUAAUGCUGCAGAAAAAAUCCACCUGCAGACCCUGUGGGCGCUGUCUGAGGUACAGAAAAUGACACCAAGAGAGAGGAUGCGGCUGAGGAAGGUCCAGGCAGCUGAUGAGGAGGCCAGGAAGCUAAAAAAGCUUUUGGAAGAAAAAUAUGAAGAAAACAACAAACAAAUGCAAGAACUGAGAUCUCGGAACUUGCAGCAGCUGACUGUGGAUGUGCUCCACGUGAAGCAUUUAAUGGGAAUUGAAGAAAAGGAGGGGCAACCUGAGGGAAGGCUUUCUUGUUACCCCUGGAGGAGGUUGGAGAGAGGAGGCCAGGCAGAGAGGAGAACAGAAUUUGAUGACCCAGCUUCAGAGAACCUACCUGAGUCUCAGCCCAUUCCUUCCCUGGACCUUGGCACACUUGGGUCAAGUGUAGAGGACACUGUAGCUGACCUUGGAGAUCACGCGAAGAUGAGCUGGAAACUCGCACCGGAUGAGGGACCUCCGCUUCUACAUGAGUUAAACAGCAUCACUACUAACAUGUGUAAGACUGUGAAUGCUCUGAAGUAA